AUGAGUUCCAAAUAUACACCAUCGCGAGAGGAUGUCAACUCCAACAAACAGUGCACCUCCCGGGCCGAGUCCAAUGAAAGACCUAAUGCAACUGCACGGACGCCAAAAUUCAUAUUUAGCUCAUCUGCACAAUCAGGCUUUGCGGCACAGCUCGCCGCGACUCCUCGAUUUGUGUUUAGCCAGCGACAGAAUAGAAGGUCUGGAGACGGAAUAGAUGUUAGUGACAAAGAGUCCUCGCCUGCUGCCCGGGCGCGCAAGACUAUUCAAGAUACGCCAAGGAACCCUGAAAUUAAGAUGAAGGAGGUAAUUGAAGAUUCUGAAGGGGAAGAGGAAGGUGAUAUGCUUCAAGGCAUUGUGGAAACUUCUCGUAGCGGCCGUCCAGAAAAUGAACCUGGAAAACCUGUGGCGGACGACGAUGACGAAGAGAUGCUUCUUUCCUUCUCUCCAAGUCAGCAUCAGUCGAAACGUCGACGCUUAUCGAUAUCUUCAGCAGACGACUUGGAAGUGCGGCCAGUUAGUGCCAGAGAGCUUGACCAAAUCUCAUCCACUUCGUCUGAAUCACCACCAUCGUCUCCGCAGGCGGGCCCGGCAUCGCCAUCAGCUGGAAAUGUGGAUAACCUAUUGUCUACUCCAUUUCAACCAACUGGUGCUACUAGUGUACCUCACCACUCUUCAUCUCGCGGACCCCCGCGGUUUAUGUUUAGCACACCCAUAUCAAGUACUCCACGGCAACCAAGUGGAAGCAAUAACGCCACGACUGCUCGGACAUCCACACAGCGGCCAAAACCGCGAUUUGUGCUACCUCAAACGCCUUCUCGACGGCGGGAGCCAGACAUUUCGGCGUUACUGACAAGCCCUAUCCCGUUUCCAUAUGCCAAACGCCAUGCUCGAUCUAAAUCUCGUACAUUUAUUCCCGGUGGUAUGGCAUCCGAAGUCCGAAAUUGGAUCCUAGACUUAGGUACAAGGAAACAAGUGUCACAAAGUCAAGCUCCUCUGCAGACGACUCAGACCCAAGCCGACCAAGGAGAAAGAGAGCAACCUUUUGAUAAAUACCAACUAAUUGUCCAAGUUGGUGAAAUUCGAACUUCAGCCCCUACUGACGUCCGUAGACAAGGUGGACAACGGCAAGGUAGACUGGGUCACCCUGCUCCAUUUACCUUGAUAUCCCCUUCAAAAGUACAACCUCCCACUGCUUCCCAGAAUAAUAUACUCCUUUUCGGCUCUCCCGUGUCUACUGUUCUACCUCCGAUGCAGAAGCUCCAGAAAGGAUACUGGGUAGGAAUCCGACGAGGUCUAGUUUGGGACAUGGAGAUUGAGCCUUUCCACACUAGUGAUGCCUCUAAUAACAAUGCCAACCCUAAAGAGUCCGACACCAUAAGCUCUAUAAUAACACGGAGAACAAACGUGUGGUUGGUGAGUGUAGAAUGGGAUAUUAUACGAAAACCGGAGCCAGGUGGAAGCGGUACGUGA